AUGACGCUUGUUGACGAAGCAUCGCUAGUGCUCGAGCCGACCACUAUUCCGGCAGUUGCUGCUGCGGAUGUUUUCGUGCUUGUUGGCGACCACAGGCAACUCACGCCGCUUGUUCGUUCCCAGCAACUCAGACGAGAGGGAUUCGCGAAAUCGCUACUGGAACGGUUGCAAGUGCAUCAAGCAGCAGUUAUUACACUCUGUUCACAAUAUCGCAUGAAUAGGCCAAUUGCAGAGCUUAGCAGUACUUUAUUUUACGACAGUAAACUUCGAUGUGCGAAUAACGGGGUUGCUGAAGCAUGCCUUCCCGUUGUGGCUCAGAAUCCCGCCGUUGCUGCCGAUCAUUUUUUCUCCAGACAUCCUAGGACAUGUGAGCUCUGCGUAUCGAAUGCCUUGACUGAUACUGUAGUGUUCGUGGACACCAAAUCCCGAGAAAAUGCCUCAUUUUGUGCAACAUUUGGCGACUCGGGCGUAGAAGUUUAUAAUGUCGGUGAAGCGGAAUUCGUUGUGAAUCUUUGCGAAUUGUUUAUCAAGGUUUCUUCACUGACACUGUGCUAG